AUGGAAGAAGUAGCAGAACUUCGUAAAUCUGUUGAAACGCGUGACACAAAGGUUUGAGGAACUUUCUUUUUUGGCCUAAUAAUCGUUAGAUAAGUCGUAUGAAAAAUUGAUAUGAAUAUGAAGUGAUACUAGAAAUACAUGCAUGCAACAAUCCCUCACUCACAUUUUCCAAACAUUAUUUCAACAUGAAGUAUUCUUAAUUACGCCAACACUGAACGCAGGCUCGGGUUGCUCGCUCCAUGUUAGCCAUGGCAACACGACCAAUCGGUCAUUACCUCGGGUCGGUACGACACCGAGGUCAUAAAUUCGGCUCCUAUUUUUUUUAAUUUUUUUUUUUAUUGUUUUUCAUUUGUGUCGAGCCGCGCACGUAGUCGAAGGAGCCUGAGGAGGAGAUGACAACUUCCGGUAAAUAAGUGUACUUCCGGAUUAUUUCAAGCAUCGGCCAAAGAGAAACGGACCCGAAGCUGUCCUUGCACAAAAUCCGUCAGAAUUGUUGAUUUAAAACCAGAAGAUGUGAUAAUUUUGACAUACAUGUUUAGCUGGACAACUAUUCUCGAGUAUAUGUUGAUAUAAUGUACAAUACAUCGUAUGCAUAGCAUGGGAAUACCGCGGCCAACUUUCACUUGGUAUCUAUUAUAAUUACUGACCCGAAUCAAAAGUAAUUAUUUUCGGCUGGAAGACUACUGUACGUUGCUGCUUGUCGGGACCGUAUGACAAUGAACCUAUCCAACGUUACACUAGACAUUUGUGAGGACAUGCAUAUAGACAUAACCAUAGGCACUGUAGUGCAUUGUGAUAGAACAGAUUUCAGUUUAAUUAAUCGCCCUAAAUUAAUAUCUCCACAAUUUACAUAUUAUCAUUAAUGAUAAGGUUUACUCAAAUAACGUAUUGGAUAAACACGGGAAUAGAACUUAUGGUGUAUUCUGCACAUGCGUAUAUCUAGGAUAAAAUCCCACAAGCGCAAACGAAACUAUUUCUCUAUAAAAUUGAACUGAAAAGACUCACAGCGACCGUUUCCAACCGUGCUUCAGGCACCCGACGACACCGUAUGGGGGGCCUUUAGCACUGUCACCUUCUCAUCUUGGGAUGUUCACGUUAUCGCGUGUACAUGUCAGGGUGACGAAGAUGCAUUAUUGCUAAUAAUGCAUAUGUCUGUGUGCACUGAUGCACGCUGCAUUAUUUUUAAUAAUGUUGCGUGCUAUUUUAACGCGUACAUAGAAUAUGACGGGUAUAAACAUUUACCCCUGAGCCGGAAUUUCCCUAUACAACCAAAAAGGCCGCUCCCGUUUUUCAGUAGAACGUUAAAUGAAAACUUCUCGACAUUCGCUGAUAUAAUGCAGAGAGAAAACAAUAGGUUUGAUGAGGCUAGGGCCAGUAAUUAUUGUCAAUAAAAUAUUAAAACGGAGCUUUGAUUAACUGAUUCACCAUUUAUACUAGUGAACUAUUAAACUAUCGUGAUUUACACAAUUUUUGGAUAUUUACCGGACGAUCCCCUAUCCACCGACCCGAGGUUAACGCCGAGUCGGCGUCUUGUUGUUUUUAAAAUGUUUUUGCAAAAAACGGCAAAAAUAAAGGAAUGUUUUACACUUUAACCACAUAACUACCGAUUUCUAAAAUAUAAUAGAAAUACAUGCAUGCAGAAACCCUCACCUUACUAGCAAAACCACUAUAUUUUCCAAACAAGUAUUUCAAGUGGUUGUCAUUGAACACGCGAUCAUGCAUAUUACGGUACUACUAAUUACUGCCCGAGACUGCCAUAGACUACCCGGGUAAACAUAACGUUAUUUAUUACAUGGUAAGGCAGUGUGAUCUUGUUUUAAAUCGCUGAGUAUACAUGUAUAAAAAGUUUUUUUCAAAACAUUUAGCAUGCUCCGUUGCUUGCAGCCAUUGACCGGCUUUUCCGCCGAACUUCGUUUUUGGCUCACGGAUGUUGCGUCUUUGUGGUUACUCGAGUGGGGCAGUUAAACAAUGGGAAAUGGUUAAAUAUUCCAUUUUAUUGUAAUAACGAAUGGAGGAAAAAUGAUUGGAUUCGAUCAGGGAAACUAUACAGGGUGUAUCAGAAAAAGUACACAGUUAGAAAAAGUUCACUAAAGUCAGAUGCGCGCGAAAUUUAAUUGCGAAAUUUUUCAGUAAGCGUAUGUAUUUUAACGUUCUCUGGUAGCGUUUUUAGAGCAGGAUAGCUGUUACUAAAAAAAGGCCUUGCAAACAUUCCAGCAUGCAUAAAAUUAUUAUGUAGACCAUUACAACCCAAUACUUUAUUACAUACAAGGGUAUUACAAUGCCAAUAGAUUAUUGGUUACAACUUGCGGAACGGCUCCCUCGAGAUUACACCCGGAACGGCGUUCCGUUGACUCGGGGGAAAAAAUUGUUGCUCAGAAAUCAUUGAAUGAAUUUAAAUCAUUCCUUGAUUUUAUACGUACAUUUUAUGAUUACGUUUUGCCAAGACUGUCGGAAACGGCGGGGAUGGGGCUAGGUCCCUCCCAAUAAUUUCUUCAUCUCUGGUCGCUCUUCUUCAUAAUUAAUUUUUUUGGCGCAGGCUAUUACAAUUAACUCAUCUUUAAUAGUUUAUCGUUGCAUUGAUAUCAUGUGUAUACAUAAUUAGGAACAAAUAACAGCGUUCAUAGAGCUAGCGUUGUUUAAACUGGGGGAUGAGAUUGUAAACAGUUAUAAAUUGCCUUACAAAAUCUUGAAUUUUAAGUAAAACUUCACAACUUUCUCUUCGAAAAUACGGGAAACGCUCUUCCGAGGCUUCAAGAUAGCAACAUUUUUGCCAUGCCCCAGCCUCCCUCCCCCCCCCCCUCCCAAUUUGAUCCCUCCUCCAACAACAAUUUGCAUACUGUGCACUACUGAUUUUUAAAGGAAUAUGGCCAUAUAAAUUAAGUUUGUCUUAUUUGAAAGAACAUUUCUAUGAUAUACAAACUUAUAAUCUUUACAAUUACUCCGUAUCUUGCUUGGUUUUCGAAAUAAAUGAGUCCCACAUGAAGAACACGUUUACCCUGCUUGUGACGUCAUAAAAAAUCUAGUUAAUUAGGUCAACUAUAAUACCAAGUUGGUGGACUGCACAUUCUUUGGUCAAAAUAUUUCGAAAACCAAGCAAGGUACGAAAAAGUCGUAAAGGUUCUUCAUGUAUAACUUUAAAAGUUCUUUCAAAUAAGACAAAGUUAAUUUUGAUUUCCUUCAACAUUUAUAGUAUUUGCAAUGUAUUUGUAUUAGCUGAAGCUAGCGUCUUACGUACCUACAUAAAACUCGAGUUUUUACAGAAUUUUUUAAAUAGGAAAAUCGUUAUAAAUAAACCUAAAAGUGGUAGAGCUCUGCAAGAACUGUCACGGCAUAUUUGGAGUACAAGCUGUGUUAUGUUAUUGACCUAGUGAGGGGUCCAGACACAAACAAAAAUAGAACUAAACUAUUAUAAAUAGCUUACUGCCCAUAUGGGGGGGGGGGGUGAAUAGGUUUUCGUAUCGUUGGAUUUCACAGAAAAAUUGUUCGGAUUUCGGAUCUGGCGAAUAUUUUACACGGUUUGCGGAUCUUAUUUAAUACAGCGGAUUGCGGAUUUAGCUUCCAUUAAUUUAGUUCGGAUCCUGGAUUGUGACUUCAAAUUUAGACAAGACCAUUGUCGGAUGCGGAUUUUGCUUCAAAUUUGGGCGUAUCGGCGGAUUUUUACACCCCUAUUCACUCCCCCCCCCCCACCGCCAUAUGGAACAAACUCAAUCAAUAAGACAUAAGUUAUUUAUUAUAUAGCUAAAAACAAUAAGACUUGAAAUCGACAACAAAAACAUUGGAAAAUUUACCGUGUCCUUAUUAUAUCCAGUUAUGCCAACAAAAACUUAUUGAGAAAGUUCUUUAACCAUGCAGCAGUCCCCCUUUUCCGUAUCUUACGUUUAAUUUUCCUUGUUUUGAGUAUUUUGAAAGACUUUUAGACAACAAUAUUUUGUUUGAAACUCGGCUUUCGUCGUCGCAGCUUCGUAGGGCAACAAAAAUUCCGUAUUGCCCGUGGGCAAUACGGGAAAACCCUACCUCGCCAGCAGGAAAUCGAAUUGCGUGAUUCACCAAAAUAAAUGCUUGCCAUAAUAAUUACAAUACUUGUAUCUCUGCAGAUGACUGAGAUAAGUGAAGUGCUAGAUAACUUUGGCAAAAAGUUACGUGAUAUGCUCUGCAGGACUGAAAAGCUUGAAGAGCUUGCAGCCGAAAACUCAAAGGGAGUUGAACGUAACUCGCAGGGAGUUGAACGUAACUCGCAGGGAGUUGAACGUAACUCGCAGGGAGUUAAACGUAACUCUGAGGGAGUUGAACGUAACUCACAGGGAGUUGAACGGAACUCGCAGGGAGUUAAACGUAACUCUGAGGGAAUUGAACGUAACUCGCAGGGAGUUGAACGGAACUCGCAGGGAGUUGAACAGAACUCGCAGGCAGUUGAACGUAACUCGCAGGGAGUUGAACGUAACUCGCAGGGAGUUGGACGUAACUCGCAGGCAGUUGAACGUAACUUGGAGAAACUUGAACUUCUUGAAAAAAAGCUCAGGAUGGAGGAAGAUCAUGGUUUUCAACAGUUUUCAAAAAAUAAAGGUAUUUAUUUGUUCACACUAAGAUAUGAAUUAUUUAUAAUGCAUUCUCCUGCAGAACACCAUGGGCAGCAUGGAUAAUUGUAUAUUUCCAUACUAUGGAUACAGUAUCGAAAUAUUAUGGAUACACUAUGGAUUUAGUGGUGCAAUUGUAAAUUUCAUAGUAUGGAUUUCACAUUUUUUCCCAAUAAAAAGCGCACAACAAGCCCAAUAUUUUUUUAAUUCGUAGGGCCAAAACCCUGUUGCCCAAGGUUUGGGACUAUAGGGCAUUAUUCCAUGCCUGCAUGCGUGUUGUCGAUGAUUAGAUGUGACUGACUGACCGACUUCAUCACUGACAAACUAACCAACCGACUUCAUGACUGAUCAACUGACUACCCACUGUUGGCUCAUUGUCUGACUAACUUCCUAAUUGUCCAACUGCCUGACAAUCUUCCUGACUGCUUUUGAAUUGUUGCCUGACCGAUUCAAAUAUAUAAUCUUAAGUUGUUAUGGAUAAUCAAAAUCCAUGCUAUUUCCAAUAAAGGUCCAUACAAUUUCCAUUCUAUGACAUUCUAUGGAUUUUCAAAACAUUUUCCAGUGUUUUUAUGCAGUCUUUUAUCAGAUUCGUACAAGUUUGUUACUGAGAGCUUGCUAACAAAAAUACAGGACAUGACAAGUUGUUGGAUGAACGUGAAACAAUCACAAGCCUUCUAAGUCAUCGACCUGUUGCUGCAGACUUGUGACAACUUGUUGUUCACACGAUUUUCGAGCAAAUAAAAUUCGAUAUUUUAAAGGCACAGUUCAGCCUUUUGAAUGAUGGUUUGUAAAGCGCAUUUCAGCCCUUUUAAUUGAAAAAACUAACUAGGAAAAUCAAUUAAUAAUUCAAGAUCAGCAAAUUACUUAAUGUUUUUAACAUUUUAAAAAUUUUUACUGUUAAAAAUAUUGAGUUUACUGAUAUUGAAUUAUGCAUAAUUGAUUUUCCUAGUUAGUUUUUUCAAUUAUAAGGGCUGAAAUGCACCUUAAAAACCAUCAUUCAAAAGGCUGAACUGUGCCUUUAAAUCUCGGAUCCUUUGCGUCAGAUCUCAUAGAAAAGUUCUAGUGAAAUUGACAGAUAAUUUAGACCAAGCACCGUUUAUAGAAAAGUGCACGGAACGAACAUUUGUCUGCGGAAGGUUGUGAUAUUUUACACGAUUUUACCGCAACAAGACGUUCGCCCGUCGGAUAUUUUUUUAAACAAUCGUACAAAAUUGUUUAGUCUCUCCCAAUAAGUUAUCGAAAUUGAAACACAUUAUCAUGGUUAUUUUGUUCACGAAAUGAUCUGAUUGAACGCAUACGAGUUUAACGACAACAUCAGUGUUUUAGGUGUCUAGGGAGCUUAUAUAGCGCGUAGACAAUUUUGUAGACAAAAAGUAGACAAAUCCGUUCCUUUCAUGAAAUUUUUGAUAAAUAUUGAUUGUUUGGGUACUUAAAAUGUAGAAUAAAUUUACAAAAAUGUUUUGUAAAGAUAAAUUUUCCAGAGCAGGGAGGGUUUCUUGGUAUUUUGACGAGAUAAAUUUUCCAGAGCAGGGAGGGUUUCUUGGUAUUUUGACGAAGUUUUGACGAACAUUUUGACCAAAUUUUCAACGGCCUGACACCAUUAAAUAAUUCGAGAUGGAAAAUCUGAGUGCUUGUGACGUGAUGUUUUACACGGUGAAUAGUUCGCGCGAGUCCAAAUACUUAUUUUUCUUUGCGCUUUUGAGUACUACUAAUUAGUUGACCAAGUAAACCUCAAUACAACAUUUCCCAUAGUAGAAUCAGGGACCGCGAAUCGAUUUUACGAUUAGGGAUUGGGGGGGGGGGGGAACGCUGGUGUCGAGAUGAAGUAAGUUGGUGGACCUUCUUCGUGGAGGGGUCUGGGUUCUGCAACGAUAGCAUGGCCAACUGAGCAUGCAACUAUUAGUAUUUGUUCUAGUUCUAGUGUGCCAAUUUCCCAAAUCAAAGUCGAAAGGGCAACCCCCGCCUUCUGGGAAUCUGUGAAAAACUUUAAAUAUUAAUUCAAAUGAAAAAAUUAUUAAGAGAUACACUAGCUUUCUGCCAUCAGUGCCAUGCCUUCAUUUGGUGUGGAUAAGUGGACCAAUUAUUAACAUGAUUGGUCAGGUAGUUAAAGUGUAAAAAAAAACAGGAGGUUUACCUGUUAAUUCGUGCUAUAUUGCUCAACGCUCAACAAUAAUUUGGUUUUCGAUACAUUCGCACUUUUAUCUUUUCUAAUUUCGUUUAAAAAGUGACCAACUAUUUUGACCAAAUGCUUUUCAUUUUGACCAACUUCUUUAACUUAAAGAGUCAUUGUCAACCACGAUGCAUUUGUUUACAUCUUACCUUCGGAAGUGACAAAUAACAACAAAUGACGAUUAUAAACAUUUAUUUGGUGCAAUUUGAGUAUAAAAACAGUAAAAUGAGCUAGUAUAACCGUAGGAUGGUAGUAAUAUAUUAUGGAUUGGAAACCGAAACAUCUAGUAUUCCGCCAUUAAAAUGGGCGCCAAGCAGGUUUGGGCGCACAAUGCAUUGUGGUUGACAAUGACUCUUUAAAAAUUAUCGACCCCCCAACACACACACACACACACCGGGUAGCGACGUCACUGUGUCAAGAGUACCAGACAAUUUGAUGUUGCAUUAAGUCCAAGGUGCGACCUCUGAAACCUUUUGUAAAGACAAUGUAAGAAAUCAAUCAUGCAUAAAAUCAAUCAGCCAUAAAAUUAAUUAUGCGUGUAAUGCUACUAUGGCAAAAAUUUCCAAUUUGUAGACGUCGGACUUAAUGUCCAUCAAAUUGUCUCAUGACUGGUAUUUUGAUAGUUCAUAAAACGCAUUCCAAAUUUGGACUCUUUGAAUUCAAAAUGCGUUUUAAACUUUACAUUUUUGUCCACAAGCCAUUUUAAAAAUGGUUUUGAAAAACAGCUCGGCUACACUCGAAAAUUUACUUUUCAGAAUAAAUUGGUGAUACAGAUACCAGAAGAGAAAAUUUCAGAAAUGAAAGGGCAAUCCAAAACCAAUAAACCAAUAUUUUAGUUCAAUUUUCUUUCUGUAGUAAUUAAGUAUUAGUAACACUGAGCAGAUAAGAAUGGCCCUUACUGGACGUCCAAAGAGAGCAGAUUAGAACUUAUAGAACUAUAUUAAGUAUAAAUAAAGUUUUUUUCUUUAGGUUUCUUCCUGUAGUAACGCUGCAUAAAACUGGCCCCUACUGUACGUCUGGGGAGAACAGUUUAGAACUGAUAGACUUAAUCAGUAAAUACAGUUGGCUCAGUUUAGCUCAUCCUGAACUCUCCCAUUUUAUUUCUUAGUUCCGUAUGGAUUGCGCAGUCUCCCUCGUGACAUGGUAGAACGACCAUCAGAAGUGAACGAGAUAUUGGGGUUACUUAUACCGAGCAAUAGUAAAGUUGGUAUGGUCGGGAGUCGAAGCAGCGACGUUUUUGGUAUCCGUGGAAUGGGGGGCCUCGGUAAGACCGUCUUAGCCCUGGCUGUUGCUUGGGCUGCCUCAGAUUCUCGUCAGGUUAUCUGGCUUGACAUUGGUGAAACCCCAGACUGCUUAGCAUUGAUUAACAGCCUCAUUAAAGUUCUUGGUGGAGCUGUAUCUUUCAGUGAUAUCCAUGCCGCGCAAGCCUGGAUAAAAGCAAAUACG